GGGGUAGUGUCACUGUGCUAGAAUGCUCUAGAACCUCCAGACAAAGGGCUGGAACCAGGAUCACAGAGCAUUCCAGUGCCUUUCCAGCCUAGGUGGGGCCAGCCCUCCCUCCAGCACCCCCAGCAGGCCUCAUGUGGACACUGGCACUAGGUGGCAUCUUCCUGGCAGCCGUUGAGGCCUGUGUCUUCUGCCGUUUCCCAGACCGUGAGUUGUCGGGCCGCCUGGCUCGGCUUUGCAGCCAGAUGGAGGUCCAGUGGAAGGACUGUGAGGUUUCCUGGACAUUCUCGGCCUUUGCCUUAGAUGAUGCAUCCUUGAACAAAAUCACAGAGAAGACUCACAGAGUCCUGAGAGUCAUGGAGAUCAAAGGGUCUCUCUACUCACUCCCUUCCUAUUGGCAAUGGCUUCAAAAGACCAAGCUCCGGGAGUACAACAGAGAAGCUCUCUGCCCUCCCGCCUGCCCACUGCUGGUCCUACUGUCUCCUGCAGGGGGCAGCACCAUCCUGUACAACUGUUCCACCUGCCAGGGCUUCGAGGUGUACUGUUGGCCCCGAAAGCGCUGCUUCCCAGGAAGUCACGAUCUUUGGGAAGCUCGGAUCCUGCUCCUCUUUGUGUGCGGAACUGCCCUGCUCCUGGGUGUUCCGAGCCUCGUGGUGGAGUGAGUUGGGGGAUCAGGGCGGGAGACAACCUCACCACCUCCCACCAGUACCUUCUUAUCCUUCCUCCUGCCCUCGCGGCCCUUCCCUCCUCCAUUCCCAGGCCUCCCACCCUCUGUUUUCCCUUAGGUACAACUACUUCCAAGCAAAAAGUUGACUUGUGAAAAUGAGGACAGAGCCUAGCCUCCAGUUCUAAGGAGCCCGUGUGCCCACAACGUCCACUUCUCUCUUGGGGUUGGGGGUGGGGUGGGGAGGGGGGUGGACAGCCAGACCCUUAAUUCCAGCCCCAAGUGGUUCAAUCUUCCAGACCCUGAUACUCAGACAUACCCCAUAGUCCCAGUGUCAGAUGGUCUCCAGGGACCCAGGCACCCACAGCUGGAAAGCUCCUCCCCUUCAUCGUUCAACCAAUCAGAUGGGGGCAGUCCCUGUGCCAGGAAAAUAUCUACAGAAGGAAAGAAUCCCCUCUGCUCACCACCACUCCCACACCCCCUUCUGCCUGUUCCCGGAAAACGUGGGGGCUGCCAGGCCCCAGAAACUCCUCUUGGCCCUCCUGUGACUGAUUGGAAAUCCGGGAAUGAGUGUUCUGGAAAAGUCCCUCCCCCUAGAGUGAGACCACAUCAGUCAGCCUGCUGGCAUGCUCCCCUUCCAUUUAACAUUGUGAAGCCUCCCACAGAGAGAGGCCUCCCUCCUGCCAGGCCCAACUAAACGUGCUGUCAAAUGGCCUCCGCCUCUGCCUGGCCUCUGUCUGCAACCGGGGAGGGCAGGGGGAGAGGGAGGCUCAUGUAGCACAGUGGUUCUCAACUUGGGGAGGUGGGGAUUUUGCACCAGAGGAGAUGUUUUUGAUUGUUUUGAUGGCGGAGUGGGGUGGGAGGAAUGUAGUACUGGCAUCUAAUUGUUAGAGACCAGGGAUGCUGGUAAACAACUGAAAAUGCACGGGAAUGUUCUCCAGGACAAAGAAUGAUCCAGUCUGAACAGUCAGCAGCGUGUGGUUGAGAAACCCUGGUGUCUGGUCCCUUGGUUAUCAGUUUGGAUUUGGGGGAUGGGAGAUGGGACCUGAAAAGAAAGGCCUGUCUCCAACUAUAAGUCACAGUCCAAGGGCCUAGGCCUGGGAGGGAUCCUUGCCUUCACACAGCCCCAUGGUUUUCAAACUGGAUACUGAAGUUCAAACUAGAAUUGGAAGCUCCCAGUUCUCAACAAGCUGCGUGUGUCCAUGCUAAGUCACUUCAGUCGUGUCCAACUCUGCGACCCUAUGGACUGUAGCCCACCAGGCUCUUCUGCCCAUGGGAGUCUCCAGGCAAGAAUACUGGAGUGGGUUACCAUGCCCUCUUCCAGGGGAUCUUCCCUACCCAGGGAUGGAACCUGCGUCUCUUAUGCCUCCUCCGUUGGCAGGUAGGUUCUUUACCACUAGCGCCACGUGGGAGAUCACAUGUAGAGUCAUCUGGUCAUCUUAAAGAAACUACCUGUUGCUGGGUCUUGUCUCCAGAGAUUUGGAGUUUAGUGGUCUCAUAUGGGGCCUCAGUUAAUCUAAUUUACAGCCAGCCAGGGUUAGAACCACUGUUUGGGGGAAUCUGUAAAGGCGCUGGGGAUAGAGAGAAAGGAGUAAUUUAUCCCUUCUGGAGAAACACCUUCCAUUUUGUUUUACACAUUCUAGUCCAAUGCUUUCAUUUUACACUGAAAAAUGGAACCCAGAAAUCAUAUGGCAUGCCCAAGCUCAUACAACAAUUGAAACAUUCACUCAUUUGAUAAAUACUAAGUGAUUGCUAGCCAGGCACCGGACAACGCUGCCGCCCACACUGGGGUGAGAAGCGCCCUGCUGACACCCCAGCCACAGCAGCUCUCCUUUGUCCCCAAGAACUGUCUCAAGCCCCCCAAGAAUGUGCCCUCUUUCCAGGCUCAGCAUUUUAGAGCUGUCCUCCUUCUCACACCCAACAUGCAGUGGGUCAACAGUUUUGCCCAUCUCUGAAGGACCUUGCUCCUCUCUGCCCCUCCUCCUGUUCUAUGGGCCCCAGCCCUCUCUGGAACCCUCUUUCUCCCUGCAGAGCCCAGUAUCCCAAAUGUGCAUCUGACUCUGCUCACUCCCCUAAAGCCCACUGUGUACUCUUAGCGGCCACACUGGUCUUUUUUUUUUUUUUUAAUAUUUAUUUUCCUGGCUGUGUUGGAUCUUAAUUGUGGGGUGGGGACUCUCUAGUUAUCGUGCAUGGGCUUAGUUGGCCUGCUGCUUGUGGGAUCUUAGUCCCCCGACCAGGGCUCGAACCUGUGCCCCCUGAAUUGGAAGGCAGAUUCUUAACCACUGGCCCACCAGGAAAGUCCCCACACUGGUCUUCUUAAAACUCCACAUCAUUCGACCCUCCUGUCCAGCAUCAAAUGAUGCUUGAAAACUUGGGCUCUGGAGUUGGGCUGCCCGAUUUCAAAUCCUGGCUCUGGCACUUACCAAACCUUGGGAAAGUUAUUUUUCUGUUCCUGUUUCCUCAUGUUUUAAAUGCAGAUCAUGUAUUUCUUUGAUUCCUUGGCCUUUUUUCCUUCUAUCUACAUUUUAACAUCUCUGAAGAACCCAUUUUAAAUUGAAGACAUGUCAUAGCAUAACAGUAUAUAUUACAAUUGAAAAUAUCUUAAAUUUAGUGCAAAGGCACUUUCCUUACAGAAUGACUGUGAGGUCCAAAUCAGUUCAUAUAAAAUGCUUGGGACUUUGCCCAACAUGUAAUGGGCCCUCAUUAAGUAUUAGUCAUUAUAAUCUCUUACUUAAAACCUUCCCUAGCUUGUCUUUGCCUAUAGAAUAUAGAGUUGACCCUUGAUCCUGACAUUCAAGACUCUCCACCCGCAGCUCCCCUCACUUUCUUUAGUCCUCAGGCCAGAACUGUCCGGACCCAGAGCUGGAAUCCCACUUGAACGCCCCACAGGCAUCUCAGACUCCACAUGUCCACCUUUCUAGACCUAUCUUCCUCUCACUCCUGGGAUUUCUCAGGUUAAUGGUAUGGCCAACAGUGUCACAGUCAUCCUCCUCCCCUCAUGCCAUGCGCCUACUUCUUACCAGUAAGUGGUCUACCUCAGUAGGUAAUGCAUCUUGGAAUCUGACCCCCUGGUGUCCCCUGGGGCUUCACCUCAGCUCUGCCCACCCCACAGCCACCCUGAGUCACUUCUAGUUGCCCAAAUACUGUUACCUCAUAUCUCCUUCCUUUGCCCAGGCUUGUUCUUCUAUCUGGAAAGACUUUCUCCUUUGGCUCAGAUAUCCCCUCUUCUGAGAAAGCUUCUCUGAGCCCCCGAGGCUAAGUGGAGUGAGUCUGCUCCAGGCUUCUCUUGUGUGGCACCUGUUUACCUCAGGUUGUGGUGUUUCUUUACACAUCUUCCCGCUGUACCACACACUACUCUCUAAAGCCACUGCUUAAGGUUCUGGGUCUGUUUCCUCAGAGCUUGGCACAUGGUAGAUGCCAGGAAGUGUCACUGAUGACUCUAGCACCUUCUCUGAACCCUUGUGAUAUGUCUUCCCCGGGUAAGCCCUUCAUGAACACUUCACACAGGAGGCUGGUGGAGUUAGUGUUUGUUUUGGGCACAUGAGGCCAACCUACCAGAGUGUGGCCUGUCAAGGCAGGGAUAUUUUUUCAGAGCCCCUCACCAAUCAGGAGGCUGCUGUGGGUGUGGCAGUUUUAAACAAUGGCCCCCAUAUUUAAUUUAAUUUAAACAAUGGCCCCCCUCUGACAUGCUGCCUACCUAGAGGUAAGUACUAUGUAUCAUUCCCUUGAACCUGAGUUCCAUGACUAGCUGGCUCACUGAAUGUGGCAGAAGUGACACUGAGCCACUUUCUGAACCCAGGCCUUAAGAAUCUGUCACAUUCUGCCUCUUGGGACACUCACUCUGGAACUCAGUCGUCAUGCCAUGAGGAUGCCCAGCCUAUUUUAAGGGUCUACAUGGAGGGAUUUGGCCAAAAGUCAGUAUCUGCUGCCAGAUGUAUAAGUAACGCAGCCCUCUGCUCUCAGAUCAUCAUCCCCAGACUGUCAGGUUUUCCACCCAAGGCCGCAGACAUAGUAGAGCAGAGAUAAACCAUUCCCACAGUGUCCUGUUUGAGUUCCAGACACAAAGUCCAGAGCAUAAUAAAAUAGUUAUUUAAUGCCACUUGGUAUUGUUACUCAACAAUGGAUAACUGGAAUGGUGGGGCAGAAAGAAGAGCCUAGAACCUGGCACUAAAAGCCCUGGGUUGGGACUUUCCUUGGGGCCCAGUGGUUAAGACUUGGUGCUUCUACUGCAGGGAACUUGGGUUCGAUGAUCCCUGGUCAGGGAACUAAGAUACUGCAUGUCACAGUGGUGUGGGCAAAAGUAGUAACAAAAUAAAAAAAAUAAAGGCCCUGGGUUAAGG